AUGGCCAGAUGCUACGAUGGUAAUCGCGCGUAUCGGUGUAACAGUGCUUGGUACGAUUGGGGCAGAUGGGUUGCCCUCGGCAUAAUCGUCUUCGGCGCAUUCCUGAUCUUCUUCCUCUUCAGCUUCUUCAGCUCUCGCAAGCGACGUCGCCUUGGUAGACAGCCAUUGUACGGUACAGGUUGGGCUGGACGGACUCCUUUCGGCCACAAUGCUCCUCAAUACAACCCGAACUACCAACAGACGCAACAAUCCUACCAACCACCUCCGGCAUACAACCAGCAGAAUGCGGGAGGCUACUACGGCCAAAACCAAGGAUAUUUCGGUGGAAGACAGACAGAGCAUGAGAUGCAACCUCCGCAAAAUACCUACGCUGGCGGUGGCUCACCAGUUUAUUCGGCUCCAGAAGGGCCUCCUCCGGCAAAGAGAUGA